AUGCGUAGGCAAGAAAAUGGAUCACUCAUUAUCCUCCCUCAAUUAGGACCUGUGAGUCAUCGAGAGCAUGAGAGAAACACCUCCCCACAUGCUGACACUAGCAUCGACCCAAAAAAUGGCAUGUGCUUGCAUUUCCCUACCAAAGGACUUAUCGGCGAUUCACAACAAGGAAAACAGUCAGAGGCGUUGUUGAAUGCCCAACAAAAGACCUUCAGGAACUUAAGUUUGAAGUCUCAGAGGAGAUAUCAAUGGCUGAGGAGGCGGGCCUUACCACGCCCACAACCCAGUCAUGAUUGGCUAUGUUUGGAACUGUCGUGGUUUAGCUCACACCCCGAUAGAGGAUUAUGCUUGUACUGGAGAAAGUAUUUUGAUGUGCAAAUUGUGUUGUCCACUCCAUUUAUAAUCUCAGCUCAGUUGCCAUGUGAGCGCACUGAUAAAGGAUGGCUUUUGAAUUGUGUUUAUGCCCCUGCUAAUAGAAUGCUACAGAGCAAAUUAUGGGACACUAUUUCAGAGAUUAAUGAAAAGUUCCAAGGUCCAUACUUGUAUAUUGGAGACUUUAAGAAUGUAACAUCCUAA